ACACCCUAUUACAUAAGACAUUACUAAGACAUCAUUAUUAAGCACAAGUGAACAGUUCAAAUGUAUCAAUAGACUGUAUAUGACUUUUUCCUCUUCGCUGUACUGUUUCAUUCAAGGUUUAAAGCUGUUCAUAUCAUAGCGUGUUUUAAUGAAGGUUUGUCACUCUAGUAGUCAUUAAAAUAGUAGUUUACUGUCCAUCCCAUUACAAUGAAGUAAUACAUUUUAUUGCAACAUAACAACUAUGGCAUGUAUUGUCAAAAGUUGGUUAGUGUUUGUUAUAGAGAUGUGACAUUUCCACCUGUAUUUUUUAUCAACAGGACUCCUUGGCUGGGACAUUCUGAUCUCAUGAGAACAGGAAUGGAAAACAUCUCUUAUACUGAAAUUUUCACACUCACUGGAUUUGGGGACAUGAAUAAAACUAAAUAUGUAUAUUUUCUACUUGCCCUUAUUGGGUACCUCUUGAUAAUCUUUGUAAACGUAGUUCUUGUGUUAGUAAUAUUUCUGGAAAAAAACCUUCAUGAACCUAUGUAUAUCUUUCUCUGUAGUUUAUCUGUUAACGCCCUUUAUGGAACUGCUGGUUUCUAUCCUAAACUUCUGGCUGAUCUUCUAUCAGAGACCCAAGUGAUUCCCCGUGCUGGAUGUUUCAUUCAAAUAUUUGUUAUCUAUGGGUAUGCGGCUUCUGAAUUUUCAAUAUUAACAGUGAUGGCAUAUGACAGAUAUGUGGCCAUUUCUAAACCUUUACACUAUACAAAUAUCAUGACAGAUAGCGUUGUUUGUAAAUUGCUGGCUGGUGCCUGGCUAUUUCCAUUCUGUAACACGGCCCUUACUCUUUUGUUUUCUUCAAGACUGCCUUUGUGUGGAAACCAAAUUGAAAGACUGUAUUGUUCCAACUGGUCAGUUGUUAAGCUAUCUUGUGUAUCAACUACUCUAAACAAUGUUGUUGGUUUUGUAGUUACUGCCUGUACGGUGUUGCCACCUCUGUAUUUCAUUUUGUAUUCCUAUAUAAAAAUACUUCUUGUUUGUCAAAAAAGCUCCAAGGAAUUCAGAAGCAAAGCACUACAAACAUGCCUCCCGCAUUUAACAACAUUUAUCAACUAUUCAAUAACAGGUUUUUGUGAAAUAGCUCUUAGUCGAUUAGACUCAAAGGAUAUGCCCCAAAUUGUUGCUGCCAUCCUGUCAUUGGAGUUUCUAAUAAUUCCUCCCCUUCUUAAUCCUCUCUUGUAUGGAUUCCACUUGCCUGAGGUACGGAAAAGGAUUAUAAAUAUGCUCAGAAGAAAGCAAAUUAUACCAAUAUUAGACAGCUCACACGCUGCAAAAUACUAACUAUUAUGUAUUAUGUACUUUCUUGUUAAGAUUAUGUUUGUGUACUUUUAUACUAAAUAACAAAAGUCCUUCAGUUUGUGCAUAUGCACGACUGCAAAUAAUAGUAUUUUCAUUUUUCAUUGAAAAAAACUCACAACUGUAUAAUUUCUUGAUAGUUGUAUUUGUGUUAUCAGACUAUUUUGUGUUUUUUUGGAAUCUUUUGCCAUUUUGUGUUGUUUCUUUUUUUGUGCCACGGUGUGUUUAAAUUCAGUCUUCCUGUUCUUGUUUUAAUUAAACAAAAGUAAUGGAAUCCCUUUUUAAGGAGGUGUUUCUUGUGGGGCUUUUUUGUUUUCUUUUGUUUUAUUUGAGAACAGGUGUACAAUGUUAUUUUGAACCACAUUUUUAUUUGUAUUCAUUUAUCAUGUGGAAUAAAACCAGAGAUCUCAGUUGUGGUUACUGUGCUGCAGCUGACAGCAAACACUAUUCUAUUUUUUUAAUUUUUUUUUUUUUACUUUAUUUGCUAUAAUAUAAAUAGAUAGAUUGAAUGUAUAUGACAGUGAGGAAUCAUAGUUUUGUCUACUUUGAAAGAAAACAUCCAAAGGGUGUGUACAGAGAGUUUCUUUCAUGAAACAGAAAAAAAGGUAAAUUAUAUAAGUAAGUGUAUGUUGUAUUUACAUAAUUUCUGGCAAGUUGAUUUGGAACAGAGACUAAACAUAGUUUGAAAGAACAUUCAAGGCCCUUUACCAGAGAUUAGGGACCUGAUAGUGACCAAUCAAGUUAAAGGAAAUCUCUGAUAUUCUGAUCAAAUUUAAAACACUUUGAAAUAAAUCACUUCCAGAAAUUACAUGAUGUGUAAAAAGUCAGAGCAGCAAUAAAGGUAAUGAAGGCACGUUCCAUAUCAU